AAUAUCCAUCAAAGAAAACUUCAAACUUCAAACUUCAAAAAUCACAAAUUCUACCUUCCCUAAAGACACAUACCAAAAAAAAUCUUAUAAGUUUUUCUUUUAUCAAAUUUAGUGACAAAUGGUAAUAAUACAGCAACAACAACAACAAGAAGAAGAAAUAAUAAGAAGUGAUCAAAGAGGUAAAAAGGGAAUGCGAAUAGGUAAAUAUGAGUUUGGAAGAACAUUAGGACAAGGUAAUUUUGGCAAAGUAAAGUAUGCAAAACAUAUAGAUUCUGGUAAAUCUUUUGCUAUAAAGAUUUUGGAGAAACAUAGGAUUCAUGAUCUCAGAAUUACUGAUCAGAUAAAGAGGGAGAUUCGAACAUUAAAAGUCCUCAAGCAUCCAAACGUUGUUAGAUUAUAUGAGGUAUUAGCAAGCAAAACCAAGAUUUACAUGGUAUUGGAAUAUGUAAAUGGUGGUGAAUUAUUUGACAGAAUUGCUUCUAAAGGGAAAUUAUCAGAAUCACAAGGCAGAAAAUUAUUUCAACAAUUAAUUGAUGGUGUUAGUUAUUGCCAUGACAAAGGUGUCUUCCAUAGAGACCUCAAGCUAGAGAAUGUUCUCAUUGAUGGAGGAAGAAACAUAAAGAUAACAGAUUUUGGACUAAGUGCAUUGCCUCAACAUUUAAGGGAUGAUGGAUUGUUGCAUACAACAUGUGGUAGUCCCAAUUAUGUUGCUCCUGAAGUUCUAUCUAACAGAGGAUAUGAUGGUGCAACAUCAGAUACUUGGUCAUGUGGUGUCAUUUUAUAUGUCAUCCUCACUGGCUUUUUACCCUUUGAUGAUAGAAAUCUUGCAGUGCUUUAUCAUAAGAUAUUUAAGGGCGAUGCUCCAAUACCAAAGUGGUUAUCACAAGGAGCAAAGAAUCUUAUAAGGAGGAUUCUUGAUCCAAAUCCACAAACUCGAAUAACAAUGGCGGAAAUUAAAGAAGAUGAAUGGUUUAAACAAGAUUAUACUCCUGCAAUUCCCGAUGAAGAGGAAGAUUUGGAAAGCGACGACGCAUCCUCAGAUGAUGAAGUGUUGACAGUACAUGAUGCACCAAUUGACACAGAAAGGGAUUCAGAAUCACCUUCUCUUAUCAAUAAUGCCUUUCAACUUAUCGGAAUGUCCUCAUGUCUUGAUCUUUCUGGUUUUUUUGAAAAUGAGGAUGCUUCCGAGAGGAAAAUCAGGUUCACGUCUAACCUCUCUCCGAAAGAAUUGUUAGAACGGAUUGAGAAUUUAGCAGUUCAAAUGGGAUUUCAAGUCCAGAAAAAAACUGGAAAGUUAAAAGUAUUGCUAGAACACAAAGGUCAAAAAACACAAGCCAAUCUUUCAAUAGUAGCAGAGGUUUUCGAGAUAAGUACAUCCUUGUAUGUUGUAGAGUUACAAAAAUCUUCGGGAGAUUCUACGGUAUAUAGACAGCUGUGUAACAGAUUAUCGGACGAAUUGGGAGUCCAGCAAAGUGAAGAACUCCAGCCAACCUAACUUGUGAAAGACGGAACUUUUACCAUUCUUUUAUUAUCCAGGAACAAAGAAUUACCUCAACAAUUGAGAGUAAUAGAGUAGAAGAUUGUAAAUGAGAUGCAACUAUAAAUAUAAUGUCAUUUUGUAAUGUUCAUGUAACAAGUGUUAAAUAAAAUAAAAGCACUCAUGUCACUAAA